AUGUCAGAUUCAAGAAAUGAAGACCUUGGCCUAAAGGCUAUAGCCGAACCGCCAACAACAAUGAAAGCACAGCACCUCGACGCUUUCAAUACACCGUACGUCCUUAGAGAAAACGUGCCUGUCCCAAACCCAGUCCAUCCAUACGAUAUACUCAUCCGGGUUGAUGCCGCCUCCUAUUGUCAUACAGAUCAUGUCAUUGCAUCUGGCGAAAUGGCGGCAGCCAGAAAAGCUUCGUUUCCGCUUGUAGGAUGCCAUGAAUAUACCGGCACAGUUGUCAAGCUACCCGCCAAUCCGGCUCAGACAGAUAUCAAGAUUGGUGACCGGGUCGGAGUUAGCUCUCGUGCAUAUCAUCCAUGCGGGAAAUGCGCUGAGUGUCUUGAAGAAAACACUCCAGAUAGCGACCCUAAGGGGUACUCUGUAUAUUGCCCGCAUGUCAAGACGAAUGGAAUUGGUAUGGAUGGUGGAUGGAGAGAAUAUGCCUUGGUUGAUGUGCGACAAGUUGCACCAAUUCCAUCUGGGCUUACGCAGGUGGAAGCAGCCCCGUUGAUGUGUGCAGGAAUCACCAUAUAUGCAGCAAUAAAAAAGACUGGCCUUAAACGGGGUCAAAGACUUGGAAUAAUCGGCUGUGGAGGCGGAUUAGGGCAUUUAGGCUUACAAUAUGCGACGGUUAUGGGAUUAAAGGUUUAUGGAGUUGACAACAGCGAUACAGCGCUUGAACUAGUCCGAAAUUUGAACAAUAUUUCUGGGGCUAUGAUAAUCGAUUCUCGUACACAAACUGCAGCCGAAGCUAUUGCGCCCAUUGAGAAAGAAGACGAUAACACAAAUCCUGGUCAAUUUGGUCUUGAUGCUGUUAUUAUCCUCCCAGAAAGCCAGAAAGCUUAUCAGUAUGGGGUGGACAUGCUCAAAGACCAUGGCCUAUGUGUUGUGGUCUCAUUUCCCAAGCAAGGGUUCGUCGUGUCCACGCAAGACUUGGUUUUCCGCGAUAUUAGGGUUAUAGGAAGUUUGUCUGGUAGUAAUAAGCUGCUGCGAGAGAUGGUCAGAUUUUCUGCGGAACAUAGAAUCAAGCCAGAAACUAAGACGUUUCCACUGGAAAAGUUGAAUGAGCUUGUUUAUGCGUACGAAGCAGGGCAGGCGGGUAAGCUGGUGAUUGAUUUUCAUUACCAAGAUGAAACCUAA